GGUAAGCAGGGUGGCGAGGCGAGCGUGUCGUCCCGUCCGCCAGGGGCAGCGCCAUGAGCCAAGCCAAGUCAUAAAGGUGCAUAUAGCAAAAGGGACUCCCGAUGGGCGAAGCGGGCCGGGCCGGGCUCAGGAACCGAUGGCUACACGGCGGGUCUGAGAGAAAAUGAGAAGCCCGAUCGCACCCUUCCUUUGGGUUGUUAUUUUGCCUACUUAAAGUUUCUGGGUGUUUCUCAAGUUUGUCUGUUUUUUAUCGCGGAUUUGCGUGCUCGGGGUAGGCAACCCGCUCAGCCGGUGGGCACUGCGCGGGGCGCGGGCCGCCAGGCGAAACUUGAGUCCUGCUGGUUGAGCAAGGUACAGAGGGUGUGUGCAAGACCCAUCAUUUGCGUGGGCAUGCACUCCUAUCGGCAACCGCCAUGGGAGAAGAUUAAAUAAGUUACAAUAUUGAAGAUUACACACGCAUUUUCAAAUGAAAGGGAGCGUGAGCUGCGACCGGCUCCACCACACUACGGGGACUGAGGUCGUUUAAAAGUCGAGAUGAUAUGAGACUGUUUCGCGUCGAAUUUGAAGACAAAUAUCAGAGAGUGUGCAGUCAAAGCACCAGAUAUAAAAUUGUUGCAAGACUAUGAAGGAAAUACUCAACGACUGGGCUGGGAAGACCAUCGCAAACGGCGCAAACAUUGGUUGGCCAGAAUGAAAGAGGGUGUUCGAAAAGCCAGCGACUCUCCGAACGCAGCCCAUCCAAGUGUCAGUCCAAAGCGUUAUCCAGAUUCCGAAGACACCCUUUGGAUUUGUUGUUGACAGCUGCCGUAAUAGUGGACCGCGGCAAGCAUGGAUGAGAGCGCCGACGGGUAUUACCUGGAGCUCUCCUCCUCGGUCGUCAAGUUCGACUCCGUGAGCAAAGUGACAAACGUGUUUUUCGAUGACACGAACAAACAAGUGUUUGCCGUCCGCUCUGGUGGGGUUAUGGGCGUCGUCGUCAAGGGUCCCUCCCCCGCGACUAGCACGGACUUCUGCAUGGAGGACAAGGGCCCCGUUGUCUCCAUCAAAUUUUCCCCCGACCAGAAAGUGCUUGCCAUUCAGAGGUCGAAGUCUUCGGUGGAGUUCAUUAACUUCCUGUCUGGAGAGAUGGACGCUGUGGAGUACUCGCAGAACUGCAAGGGGAAGAGUCACGUCAUUCUGGGCUUCCUUUGGACUAAUAAUCGAGAGAUACUGUUUGUGACGGACCACGGUGCAGAACUUUUCCAAGUUGUCCCAGAGAAAAAAUCUCUGAAGGUACAGAAGACAUUUAGUCUAGCAAUCAAUUGGUUUGUUUACUGUCCACAGACAUGUCUUGUGCUUCUGUCCUCUGGCACUCUUGGCAAUCAAAUGUAUCCCUUACACGUCAAACAAGGCAAUAUUAAUAAAUUAUCACGGUUUGAUGUUGACAUUCCAGUGGUCCCAAAACCUCCUAAAUUGUGCUUGUUGGAGAGGGACAUCACUCUUGCCGUUCUCUAUGGCGAGGCUAGUAUAAUCAUCUUGCGACACAAUCCACGAGGAACAGGAUCUCCUGGAGCAGAAGUAGUUGUUUAUACCCUUUUGAAAAUGAUGACAGCCAAAAAGACUCAUGUUCUUAGGCUAGAUUUGAGUGGGCGAUUCGCUAUUAACGUUGUUGAUAAUUUGAUCAUUGUCCACCAUCAAGCGUCAAAAAAAUCAUUAAUGUUUGAUAUUGCUAUGCGUGGAGAAACAGAUGGAAUGGUAACUUAUCAUCAACCUGUUGUAGGGCUUCAGCCUAUCAAACCAUUUACCUUGUCUUUGCCCCCGGUACCCAGCCCAGUGCACACAGAACCUACACAAAUAAAUUGUGAGCUUUACUCACCUAAUUGGGUAGUGUUUCAACCCAACAUAAUAAUUGAUGCCAAACUGGGAUGCUUAUGGGCAGUAGAACUGAAUCUCCAACCACUGCUCACAAUGAUAAAUGACAAAUGCCUUCUUGUAGAUUUUCUGAUGAAAAGGGCUGAUUCAAAGCCUGUUGUUAUCCAAGUGCUGCAAGAAAUCCUGGAACCAACUGUUCAGAAUUACAGCCAUCUUGUUGUUGUUGCAGAAUUAUUUGAUCAUCUCAAUGAGGUUUAUUGCAGUUUUUUGCAAUCAGAAAUGCAAAGCCAUAUAGGCACACCUGCUUCAUCCUCUUUAAGUGUAUCACCUUCAAAGCUGCCCCCUUUAUCACCCAAACCAUGGAUUGUAAUAGAUCAAUCAGAUAUGUAUACAAAUGUUUUCUCAAAAUUUGUAGACCGCUCAAGGGAGUUGGAAGAAGGGAGUUCGGGCAAGUUUGAAGUUUGGGUGUUACUGGAGUACAUCAGAUCAUUAACUGAUUUUCACAUACCAGUUCAGCACUAUCUCUAUGAACUUCUCAUAAAUUCCCUAGUUCAACAUCAAGCCUACUAUCAACUUCAUCAGCUUCUUCAGUAUCAUGUUGUCUCUGAUUCAAAACCCUUGGCAUGUUUGCUGUUAUCUCUAGAGAGUUUGUAUCCUGCUGCACACCAACUAGCUCUUGAUAUGUUAAAACGCCUCUCUACUGCAAAUGAAGAAAUUAUAGAAGUAUUGCUCUCCAAGCAGCAAAUAUUACCAGCAUUACGCUUUGUUAACAGUGUAGGUUCCGUAGACCAAGUAUCAGCUAGGAAAUUCCUGGAUGCAGCUAAAGCAACUGGAGAUCAGAAUGUUUUUAUUGGUGUGUUUAAAUUCUUUGAGCAGAGAAAUUUGAGAUUAAAAGGUACAACAGCAUUUGCUAAGGGUGAACAUUGCGAUAUUUAUGUGAAACAUUAUGCCAGUUUAAGUUCUGAACAAACUGUAUAGCAAAUAUUCGCCUUUAUAACUGUGAUUGUGGACAAAUGAGUGUUAUAUUAAUUUCUCUUCCAGUAUUAAGUUGAAAUGUUUUAACAGAGUCAAUGUAAUUGCUGUGAUUAUUUGUUAUAAUGUGAAAAAUAUGUGAUUUUCUUUGAACAAAUGUUUAUU